AUGAGUUCCAGUCAACAAUCCAAUGCUGUGUACCUUGGGUCUCAUGAAGGUGUUGAGAAGCGCAAAGGGUCAUUACAUGACCAACAAGCAGACUGGCCAGCGAAGAGGCUACGAUCUAUGGACCAUGUUUCCGGCCCUGACAUGCAGCCGCCACGCGUGGGCGCUCAACAAGAUGCCCACUCGCGGUAUCUGAGUGCGCGCCAGCAACUUCAUCACUCUGGCGGGAGGCCUCCUGUCCCGGUCGAUUAUCAGCAACAUCAGGAUCGAGUGUCCUACACAGCUCCAGAAGUGCAAGAUCGUAUCCAUUACAAGCAAGGCCAACACCACAACUACGAAUAUCCACACGACCAGUACCAUGUCGAGGAAAUGCGGAGAAACAUUCGCACAGCAUUCCACACCACCUCGAACUCUCAGCGCGGAAUUUCUGACGUCUAUCUGGAACAGCCAGACGAUUCCUCGCGUGGUAAUAAACCCGCAGAGAUUCCCUCUAACUCUGGCUACUACCAAGGUCAUUUGCAAGCAUCCCCGCCUUCAUACCCUUACAGUACUGUGGCAUAUCAGCACCCCCCAAUCGCCAAUCAAGCAAUGCAGCAACACGGCCUCCGCGGUCAAGGUAUUGGUCAUAGCGCUCGGGUAAACCCCGAAGAAACGUUCGGCGGAGCGCAACGACAGGGAGAAAGUGGAGCAUCCCACGAUGGAUAUCAGUGUUUCUUCGAAGACAUUGGCUUUCCGUUCCAUGCGCAAGAUAAUUUGGACUAUCCCCAUCAAAUCACAGAACAAUUCGGACUUGCGGGCCAGCGCAGCACGUUUGGGCUCAACAGUGUAGGGCCCUCCAGUUCGGGCAUGCUUGGUGCUCCGGAAGACGAUGGAUCGAGUGACCUUCAACACUUCCACAAGCGUCCAGAGGAGUCAGGUACAAGCGCCUCGCAAAACGGACCCGAGGAGCGCGAGGCGGCUGAGAUGGCUGAGUUGUUUCGCAUCAACGCCAUGCAUCCCAGAUUUUCGAGUACAAUCUCUUCCGGGAAGUACCUAUCGCAGCUACCGGAGACUCUUAGCGAUACCAUUCAUAGAGGUGAUCUUGACCUCUUCUUGGAGUCUGUUGAUGAAUUGGCGGAAGUACCGAGCUCCAGCUAG